GCGGGGUCUCGGCAUCGCCCGGAAAUCCAGCUUUUUGUAACGCGGGGCAAGACCGGAGGGACCUGCCCAGCAAUAUGGAGCCGGCUAAGGAAAGCGAGCGAGCGUGCAAGCCGGAGUUGAAAUAUCUGGGCUGGGGGGUCGGUGGGGGUGGGAGCCGCAGCUCCAGCAGUCACUUCCCAAGGCACAAACUGCCCAGCAGAUUCCCGAGACAAAGAGAAGAAAAGCUCCUGCCAGGUGAAGCUGAGCGUGGAGUGCAGCAGUAAAAUCAGAUGACAGAUGGACAGUGUGACAAGAACGACAGAGAGGAUUGGGCCUCGCUGUAAGAGGCAGCCUGGAGUCAGCGUGUUGGCAAGUUCCUGAGAAGAAAGCCAGGGGGAACUGUGGCACGCCAAGGAAGCAGAGCCUGUCUGCUGUCUCACCAUUGAUGGAGGACAGAUGGACAGCCGGAUGGCCAGUCAGCUCUCCUCUUAAACCGUUGGAGAGUGGCCCUUUGUCCUCCACUGGACACCUAUUAGGAAUUUUAACACACACUCUGAACUCCCUUUCUGUCAGAACACAAACUUAGACUGCAGUGUUCCACCAGACUCAUCCAUUGCAUGGUAACAUCUGCAAACAUGAGUGCCGAGGGCUACCAGUACAGAGCUCUGUAUGACUAUAAAAAGGAAAGAGAAGAAGACAUUGACCUGCACUUGGGAGACAUACUGACUGUGAACAAAGGGUCCUUGGUUGCACAUGGAUUCAGUGAUGGACAGGAAGCACGGCCAGAAGAAAUUGGCUGGUUAAAUGGCUAUAAUGAAACCACCGGGGAGAGGGGGGACUUCCCGGGAACUUACGUUGAGUAUAUUGGAAGGAAAAAAAUCUCACCUCCCACUCCAAAGCCGAGGCCACCUCGACCCCUUCCUGUUGCACCAGGUUCUUCAAAAACUGAAGCAGACAUUGAGCAACAAGCUUUGACCCUUCCGGAUCUGGCAGAGCAAUUCGCACCUCCUGACAUUGCCCCGCCUCUCCUCAUCAGGCUGGUGGAAGCCAUUGAAAAGAAAGGUCUGGAAUGUGCGACUCUAUACAGAACACAGAGCUCCAGCAACUCUGUAGAAUUACGACAGCUUCUUGAUUGUGAUGCUGCCUCUGUGGACUUGGAAAUGGUUGACGUGCAAGUUUUAGCAGACGCUUGUAAACGCUAUCUCCUGGACUUACCAAAUCCUGUCAUUCCAGUAGCCGUUUACAGUGAAAUGAUUUCUUUAGCUCAAGAAGUACAAAGUUCCGAAGAUUAUAUCCAGCUGUUGAAGAAGCUCAUUAGGUCGCCUAACAUACCUCAUCAGUAUUGGCUUACACUUCAAUAUUUGCUAAAACAUUUCUUCAAGCUUUCUCAAUCUUCCAGCAAAAAUCUUUUGAGUGCAAGAGUGCUUGCUGAAAUUUUCAGCCCUAUGCUUUUCAGAUUUCCAGCAGCCAGCUCUGAUAGUACUGAAAACCUCAUAAAAGUUAUAGAAAUUUUAAUCUCAACUGAAUGGAAUGAACGACAGCCAGCACCAGCACUGCCUCCUAAGCCACCCAAACCCACCACGGUAGCCAACAACGGUAUGAAUAACAAUAUGUCUUUACAAGAUGCUGAAUGGUACUGGGGAGAUAUCUCCAGGGAAGAAGUAAAUGAAAAACUUCGAGAUACAGCAGAUGGAACCUUUUUGGUACGAGAUGCAUCCACUAAAAUGCAUGGUGAUUAUACGCUUACACUAAGGAAAGGAGGGAAUAACAAAUUAAUCAAGAUAUUUCAUCGAGAUGGAAAAUAUGGCUUCUCAGACCCAUUAACCUUCAAUUCUGUGGUUGAACUAAUAAACCACUACCGGAAUGAAUCUCUAGCUCAGUACAAUCCCAAACUGGAUGUGAAGUUACUGUAUCCAGUAUCCAAAUACCAACAGGAUCAAGUUGUCAAAGAAGAUAACAUUGAAGCUGUAGGGAAAAAGUUACAUGAAUAUAACACUCAAUUUCAAGAAAAAAGUCGAGAAUAUGAUAGAUUAUAUGAAGAAUAUACCCGUACUUCCCAGGAAAUCCAAAUGAAAAGAACAGCUAUUGAAGCAUUUAAUGAAACUAUAAAAAUAUUUGAAGAACAGUGCCAAACCCAGGAGCGGUACAGCAAAGAAUACAUAGAAAAGUUUAAACGUGAAGGCAAUGAGAAAGAAAUACAGAGAAUUAUGCAUAAUUAUGAUAAGUUAAAGUCGCGGAUCAGUGAAAUUAUUGACAGUAGAAGAAGAUUGGAGGAAGACUUGAAAAAGCAGGCAGCUGAGUAUCGCGAGAUUGACAAACGUAUGAACAGCAUUAAACCAGACCUCAUUCAGCUGAGAAAGACACGAGACCAGUACUUGAUGUGGUUGACUCAAAAAGGUGUUCGGCAAAAGAAGUUGAACGAGUGGUUGGGCAAUGAAAACACUGAAGACCAAUAUUCACUGGUGGAAGACGACGAAGAUUUGCCCCACCACGAUGAGAAGACGUGGAAUGUGGGCAGCAGCAACCGCAACAAGGCCGAGAACCUACUGCGAGGGAAGCGUGACGGCACUUUUCUCGUUCGGGAGAGCAGUAAGCAAGGCUGCUAUGCCUGCUCUGUGGUGGUGGACGGUGAGGUCAAGCAUUGCGUCAUCAACAAAACAGCAACUGGAUAUGGCUUUGCAGAGCCCUAUAACCUGUACAGCUCCCUGAAGGAACUGGUGCUACAUUACCAACACACCUCUCUCGUGCAGCACAACGACUCCCUCAACGUCACACUAGCAUACCCCGUAUAUGCACAGCAGAGGCGAUGAGCGCUGCCCUCCGAUCAUGUUCCUGACCUUCAGCCACCUGAGGCCUCUGGGAAGCAAAGGGCUCCUCUCCAGCCUGACCUGUGAAUUGAGCUGCAGAAACAAAGCCAUUGUCUCUCUGCAGAUGGGACUAGAGCUUUCUUGGACAAAAAGAAGUAGGGAGAAGGCACACAGCCUAGGGCUGCAGGAUGAUCAGCUGUUUCUAACCUGGACUGCUUAUCCUUUUUUUAAAAAUUUUGGUUUAAUUUAAAGCCACAACACAAAGAGAAAAGAAAUGCAAAAAUCUCUGCGUGCAGGGACAAAGAGGCCUUUAACCAUGGUGCUUGUUAAUGCUUUCUGAAGCUUUACCAGCUCAAAGUUGGGACUUUGGAAACCAGAAGGAAGAUAGGGCUGAAGAGCCUGUGCCCAAGGGUGCUGGGUCCAGCCUGGGUUAGCCUGGGUGUCGCUGUGCGCAGUGAGCCCAGACACAUCGCACUGUGGAUUAUUUCAUUUUCUAGCAAGUGAAUGCUAUGUAGCAGAAAGGCACUUCGCUCAUGAGGGACAUUUUGGGGAGGACAUCAGUCCACACAUGUUCAGAGAAAAAUCUAUUGUAGCAGAGUGCCAGAAAGUGUUUAAUCUUGUCAAAACAAAAAACAACUCAGCAACAGAAAAAUGGAGCUCGGAAAACAGGACUUAAAGUGACAUUCAGUAUAUAAAAUAUGUACAUACUAUUGGAUGACUAACUAUCAAAUAGAUGGAUUUGUAUCAAUACCAAAUAGCUUCUGUUUUGUUUUGCUGAAGGCUAAAUGCACAGCUCUAUGCAAUUAAUUUUCAUUAAGUUAUCAGUUUAAAAUGUACUUUCAGAAUAAGCUUCUUCUACCCCAAUUUUCGUUGCCUGAAAAUAUUGUCCCUGAUUUUUGUUAAUAGUCAUUUUGUUAUUCUUUUUUUUUUAAAGAAGUGUACAGAAUGCCAGUAAAAGGCUUCAGAAUUAAAACUAUGAAAUAUUUUACAGUUUUUCUUGUACAGAGUCCUUGGCUGUUAGCCCAAGGUUAAAAAGUUCAUAACAGAUUUUUUUGGACUAAAUGUUUUGUUGGGCAGUGCCUGAUAAGCUUCAAAGCUGCUUUAUUCAAUAAAAAAAAGAUAUAUGAAUAUGACAAAAGUAUUGCUGAGUCCAACAAUGUUUUAAGACUCUUAAAAUACGGUACCUGGCAAUGUUUCCUAAUGAAUUGUGAACUUCUUGAAUUUAGGGAGCGGGGAAUGUAGUGGAGGGCUGUACCAGGUGGGGUUGGGGGAGGGGGUGGUGCAGGUGGUGUGCACUUUCUCAUGAUUACAGAGAAGUGAACAACUGCAAGUGAAGUCUCUUAUAUUUCAGUCUUCUUCCACGUUGACUUGCUGGUUGGCAUCAAUUUAGUGACAGUUACAAACCUACUGUAACUCUUAACCCAGUGCAGCUGGUCUGGAUUUUUUUAUUUAAAGUUCUUAUGAAAAGCUGAGAGUCUGUGUUUGGAUUCCUGGAACAGUGCUCCUCUUUGUUUAGCACACUGGUUUCAAGGUAUAAUCUCUGCAUUUAGAACAUGUGUUGUUUCUGUUUCUAAUAUGAAACUAGUCACGACAACCAACAUCCAUUUUUUAAAACUGCACGAUCUGAAAAAUAUUUUUAGCUGGUGUUUGUUACUUUCCUAGCUUUCUAUUCAAUUUAGAACACGUAGCAAGGAGACACAGCACACGGCUACUGCUGUGGGCUCUGUGGAGCUUGUUCAAGUCCUGGCCAUUGCAGGAAUCCAAAGGCAGAGCCUUCUCAUUUAUCCAAAUAAUGGUGCGUCCCACUUAACUCGGGAAAGGAAGGGGGUGGAGGUGUCAUCCUUGCAAUUUAGGGUGGUGGUGAGAGUUCUCCUUCCCAAAUUUACAUAUGCAAAAGCUGUUGUUUUGGAAGAUGUUGCAGAAAUUGUACAUGUGUCGGGAGCAGGAAAGGCUGAUUAUAAUCAUGGUCACUGCUCCGGCAGAUGACAAUGAGAUCUCAUAGUUCGUGUCCCUUUCUCCAUAUUAGUUUCACGCGCAGCUUUCUCUUCCCAUCAAAUACAAAGUGAAGAUAAUUUGUUUUGUCUUUUAAAUGUUCUUCCCUUUAAAAAUCUUUCGGAAGAAUCCACCUUAGCAGCUGAGUUAAUGGUCUGUAGAAUGUAUUACUUUUCUUUACAUAAAGUCAGUCUUCAGCUAGACUGUCAGCCCUCAAACUUGACUUCCGAUCUGACCAUCUCCCUCUCCUCAUCAGACAAGUAAUAUUUUUCCCUGAUUUUAGUCUGUGUCUGUGCUUUAAAACUGGUGGUGAGAUCUUGAAGUCUAACAGUUAAUAGUGUUUAUAAACUAGGUUUGUGUGGUUUUUUGUUUUGUUUUGGUUUUUUUUGGUCUUUUUUCUUUUUUGGUAGCACAUCAUAUAUGUUAUUCAAUACAAAUAAUUUUCAUUUAUUUUCUAAACUAUAUCUGAGAUGUGAUGUCUCAUUGAAAACUACAAUUUGGUUUUUUUGCUUCAACAUUCUGCAAGAUGACAUGCUAUUUAGGCGGUCACCUCGUGUUUGCAUCUCACAAGCAUAAGUGCAAUAGAAUUUUCAUUGAACAGAAGGAAGAAUUUAUUGUUCCAUCUAACAGCUAGUUACAUCAUACCUAUUCUGCUGAGUGCAUUUUUUUUUUUUUUUUUUUUUUUUUU